AUGGCGCCCUGGCUGAGCCCGUGCCCCCGCUGUCACCACUGGCGUGCAGCUCCAUGGCCAGGAAUCCAGCUUUGCUCCAGCUCCUCUUUGCGGAUGGCGCUGAGGCCAGAUCUUUCUAGGGAAGAACAUUUUCAGGAGGAGCAACCAUUUUUUCUGAAGUUUGCUUCUGUGAGAUGUAACCUAGAGGAUUCUCAGCCCAUAAAGAACUCUGCUGAAGCAGAUUUAUGGCUGCUGAAUAGUUGUACAGUAAAAAACCCAGCUGAAGACCACUUCAGAAACUCAAUUAAGAAAGCCCAAGAAGGUAACAAGAAGGUGGUUCUAGCAGGCUGUGUUCCUCAAGCUCAACCUCGGCAGGACUAUCUAAAAGGCCUUAGUAUUAUAGGGGUUCAGCAAAUAGAUCGUGUAGUAGAAGUUGUGGAGGAAACUAUUAAAGGUCAUUCUGUGAGAUUACUGGGUCAGAAAAAGGAUAAUGGAAAACGUUUGGGAGGAGCACGACUAGAUUUGCCAAAAAUCAGGAAGAAUCCACUUAUAGAAAUCAUAUCCGUCAAUACAGGAUGUCUCAAUGCCUGUACCUACUGCAAAACCAAGCAUGCCAGAGGAGAUCUAGCAAGUUAUCCCAUUGAAGAGCUGGUGGAUAGAGCCAAACAGUCUUUUCAAGAGGGUGUUUGUGAGAUAUGGCUGACCAGUGAAGACACAGGGGCUUAUGGCAGAGACAUUGGCACCGACCUCCCGACGCUCCUGUGGAAGCUGGUUGAAGCUAUCCCUGAGGGAGCUAUGCUGAGGCUUGGCAUGACAAACCCUCCCUAUAUUUUAGAGCAUCUGGAGGUAAGGAAGUUAAAAAGGGAAUCAUUUAUAUGCUGGGCUAGACCUUCAGUGAUUGAGUCAGCGUGGAACCCUGCGUAUAGCACAUUUCAUUUAAAGCAGGAGCUUAAGAAAUAG